AUGGCUUCAUUAAUAGUAGCUGGUGUUGUUGCGGCAGUAACUGAAGGAGCCACCGCAGUUGCAGGAACAGUAGCCACAACUGAAGCAAUAGCUGGAACAGCAGCUGCUGUUGGUGCUACAUCUGAAUUGGCAAUAGCUGGAAGUGCUGCUACAGCUGCAGCCAGUGUAGCUGCUGAAACAACAACUGUAGCAGCUGGAAGUGCUGCAGCAGCAUUAAUAGAUAUUGGUGCAGCUGCUGAAACAUGUACUCUAGCAACAUCAGGAGGUUUAGAUAUUGCAGGAUUAUCAUCUACUAGUUCAAUAGCAGCUCUUGGUGAAGUAGGCGGAACAGCAUUAACAGGCGUAUCAAGUAUGACACCAACAAUAGCAGAAGUAGCUGCAAUGCAAGCAGGACUAGCCAAUGUCAAUGCAUUAAUAGCGGCUGAAGAUGCAGCAUAUUUCGGAGGUGUUACUGCUGCUGGAGCAUCAGUUGGUGGUGGUACAACAACAGCAGCAGCAUCAUAUUUAUCUACAUUCCCAACUUUAAAUUCAUAUUUACUAUGGGGAGCAACUUCAGCUGGUGCCGCUCCAGGUGCUGUAUAUGAGGCAACAACAGAAGCCAUUACAUUGGGACUUUCUGCAACUGCUGGUGGUGCUGCUUCUGUUUCUACUGCAACAUUGCUUGAAAUAAUAUCUUCUGUAGCUGCAACUGCCAUAGGUGCUGGUUUUGGCAUAGGAGAAGCAAUUGCUGCAUACUAUGUAACAGCGUCAUAUGCAAAGAAAGAGAACACAGAAGAGUUAACUGAAUGUGAUGCUUACCAAACAGAAGUUGACAAAGUUAUUGACAAUUUUGACCCAGAAGAGCUCUUGCCAGAAGCUUGGGAACACAUAGCAACACAAACGGAACAGAAAAAAGUAGAAACUACCUUCAGUGCGAUUGUUCCUGAACACAACUUCUUAGACCCAAAGAACAUUACAGCUGAACGACUGAAAGUACCAAAGCCAUCAACUCACCCGUUUUCUCUCACCUCUACAGUACAACACAAUGAUACUUACUAUUAUCAGAUAGUUACAUCCUUAAAUGAACAGCAAAGACAACUUUUUGACUUCACCUACCAAUGGGGCGUGGAAAUCAAAUUGUCACAGAAUCCUCCGAAACCAUUUUAA